CGCUCAGACUUGGCGGUACGAAGGUGAUGAAAGGCACCUCAUUCGCUACUAAAUUUAUUGCAUCUCUGGAAGCUUCCGAGAUGGGUCGUCACUUUAUCCUCCCGUUUUUAAUAUCAGGCUUAAUAUGUGUGACGCAAAUUUCUUCGCUGACGUUGCGCAGAGCGACGGACGAAUCGCAAAUGGUGGCCAGUAUGCUGGAGUUGGCAAGAGCGGCGGACAUUAAAGCGGCUUGCCCACGAUCUGAUACUUUCUGUCUACCAAGAGUCAAAUGCCCCGUCAAGUUUGUCGUGUACGAUCGUGAAGCCCAGCGUUUCAUGGAAGGUGUUGACAAGUUUAAAGAUAAUUUCGGCUGUGGAGCAUUUAGCCCCACGUGGACCUACGUCUGCUGCUCUAUGUUGGACAAGUUGGAUGAAGACAGCUGGAGACCCAAGCCCGAUUUGUGGUUCUUUCCUUCCCACGAUGGAUCGGCACCUGCCAAGGAUGUUGAUCCUUCUGCUCCGUUUCCCAUCAUGUUGCCAUGGCCAGGUUUCGAAGAUGUCCACAUCUCGUUUGAGGACAAACACUCGAAUGGUAGUGAGCAUAACCCAACAACAGAGCAGCCUUCAACUACAGCAGCCAGCACAACUGAGAAGCCCAAAGAAAAUAAGCAGAGUGUGAGAAGUGCACAACAGCCAUCACCAGUCCCGCAAACAGUUGCUCCUCCGCCCAUGGUGGCAACUCCAGACCCGCGGAUGAAUUGGUUCAAUCCUAAUGCCAUGAUGUUUAACCAACCUCUUCCGUGGAUGUUUCCACCUUCGGCUGGCAACUUUGAUCCGAGAUUUCCCACCAACGACCUGAGACUCAUGCAGAACUUUGGUCUGCAAGAUCCUCGACUUUUGCAAAGUUUUCUGCCGCCACCUCCUCAGUCGGAUUGGACGGAAAUGAUUCUCAUCUUUCAAGACGGCUCUUUUCAGCGCACCAUCCGAGACCGCCGCCCUAUGAGUAUGGCGACAGUUUCUGAUGGACGCUCGCCAAUUCCGAUGGAUGCUUCGCGCCGACCAACUUUAGACAUUUCACCUCAGACUCAAUCAACGCACACUAUUGUUGCCGAAACGGAAAACCCACCUUCCUCUAGAACUAAACGAGCUACCGCUUCGAAAACAUUUAAGGUGCCUCCCGCUUCCGGCGGAAUGUGGAUGAACACGACUUCUGAAGGAGAAGGGCGAGCUCUUUUACCACCACCCAAAGCCGUUUGGGGAAAUCCAGCUUCCGGUCCAGUGCCAUACAAACCCAUUCCUCCCAUGUACGGCGUCGACAAUGAACGUUGUGGCGUUUCUUCGUCGAGUGGCAUCAAUGCCCGCGUGCUAUCCGGACGCAAACCCAGUUCACAGCUGGAAGCCGAAACAAGUUUCGCCGAAUUUCCGUGGCACGUCGCUGUGGUGAACGGAGAAACGGGCGAUUAUCUUUGCGCCGGUACCAUCAUCUCCGCUCGCUUCAUCAUGACGGUGGCCCAUUGCGUGCGCAAGUUCCAGCUCACUCUGCUCUUCGUCCGUGUAGGAGACUGGGAUUUGAGCGGCGUCGGAGAAAUGUUUCCCUCGUACGACGUUGAAGUCCAGAGUGUCAUCGUACACGAAGAGUUCUACGCUGGAAAUUUGCAAAACGACAUUGCUCUGCUGCAACUGAAAUUUCCGCUGGAUUUUAGCGUCAUGCCUCAUGUUGGGACCAUCUGCCUGCCACCUUCCAGCGAGCCCAUCUACUCGGACUGCAUCGUCACCGGAUGGGGCCAACAACUCUCCACUUCAGAAGCCAAAGGUGAUGCGGCAACUUUCAGUCGCACUUUGAAACAAACCAGCCAAACUCUGGUGACGUCCCUAUUCUGCGAAAAGGCCCUUCGCCCGUUCCUCGGCCAGUUUUACCAACUCCCGAAAAAAGGUUUUGUGUGCGCCUAUGACAAAGAUGGCAAAGAUUCCUGUUUCGGCGACGGAGGAGGAGCCCUGGCCUGUCUAGUCAACGCACCCAACUAUCCAAAGCCCAUGCAAUAUCACGUCGUCGGACUAGUUUCUUGGGGAGUGGGUUGUGGUAUGCCCAAUGUCCCAUCGGCCUACACGGCCAUUUGGGACUAUCUGGAUUGGAUUCGCUCCAAAGUCAGUCCUCUCGAUCCUUAUCCAACGGCCAAUCCACAGCCUUUGAAAGAACCUAGUCCUGUUAUUCUGGUGCGUUCCAACGAAGCUUCCAGCACCACAGCAGCCCCUUCGACGACAGCGGCUCCUAUGAAACUAAAGGAUUUUAUUGAUUUAGCAUUUACAUAAAGUUCUAUUUAUUUUGUUUUUGUAAUAUGUCGUAGCCUUAAUUAUUUUAAAUGGAUGGUUUGGUGCGUUUUUUCAUGAUUGAAAAUAAUAAUAAUAUAACGUGGAAAAACAUUA